AGGUUCUGGAUUUUCAUUGGACAACAGACCUGUCUGUCAAUAUUUUAAUCGUUGUGAUUGGUUAUGCGUUGUGCGCAAGGGUUGGGCUUCCGUCUGUACAAGCACCAACGUCAUCAAAAGCGACGCUGACUUUUGGCCUCAACAGCAGUCAAGGUGAUUCUUGUCCAGGAAAUGUGGAGUGUGGCCAGGUUGGCAGCACUGGCUUUCCCUAUGGGGUUGCUUCUAACCAGGACAAUGGCAUGGAUAUCAAGUGGCAAAACACAUUCCCAACUUAUAAGCCGUUUGCAAGAGCAUGGAGUCAUCCGUAGUGAUAGAGUGUUCAAGGCCAUGCUUGCCACCGAUAGGGGCAUCUAUUCCAGAGACAACCCAUACGAAGAUUCUCCUCAGUCAAUAGGGUACAAGGCCACCAUCAGUGCUCCUCAUAUGCAUGCACAUGCUCUUGAAAUUCUCAGUGACAAGUUAACUGAUGGCGCUUCAGCCCUGGAUGUUGGCUCAGGGAGCGGUUAUCUCACAGCCUGCUUUGCAAGAAUGGUAGGUCCUACUGGAAAAGUUGUGGGAAUUGAGCACAUAGAAGAACUAGUGCAAGCCUCUGUGAAAAAUGUCCAGGCUGAUGAUCCGGAGCUCUUGACCUCUGGACGGAUCAAGCUAAUGGUCGGUGAUGGACGCUUAGGUUUUCCAGAUGGAGCACCAUAUGAUGCCAUUCAUGUUGGGGCAGCAGCACCUACAACCCCCAAAGUGCUUCUCGAGCAGCUGAAACCAGGUGGAAGACUGGUGUUGCCUGUAGGUCCAGAAGGUGGGAGCCAGGUUCUGGAGCAGUAUGAUCGCCAGAAUGAUGGUACCUUUGUCAAAAAGGCACUCAUGGGGGUGGUGUAUGUACCACUUACAGACAGAUUUCAUCAGUGGCCAAGCGGUGAGCUCUGAUUGCAGUGUGGUUGCUCCUGCAGGAGGUGGUUUUGGUGUUGUGGUGCACAGAACACUUAAAACAGAGCAUGAGGUCUUUGCUUCAGCUGUGGAUUUAUGUCCAACCUGCCAGCUCUAUCCAGCCCUAUCCAGCCCUAUCCAGCUCUAUUCUACUAUAAUAACAUAAACAAAGCUUUUUUUUUCUCUCUCUCU